AUGACCACUGGCAUACAUCCUAUAGAUCCUGCCCGCGUUCUCAAAAAGAUUCAACCACGUCCACUUACACCCCCGGAACUGCUUCAGCAGCGUACACCUACAUCUAUACGAGCUUUGCAAGGCCUGAUAAAGCAGGCAAGUCAACGUCACCGCCGACUUUCAGUUGAUAUUAAAAAAAUUCUCCGCGCUGGGGAGAAUAUUGCUCUGGACAGAGAGGUUCUCUUAAUAGAGAAUAAGAAUCUUCAGACUGCUCUAAAUAAUGAGAGAAGGCGACGCAAACGGGGUAAGCAUAUGGGGUUGCUUAAUCCAUCAAAUCCCUCACUUGCUCAAUUCUUUUCUCCCACAAAGGUGCAGGCCGCGAGGGAGCAAGCAGAUGCUAAUGAAACUGCGAAAAUCAAUGAUCAGGCACGCAAGGAGGAUAUGAAGCUUCAACGAGCGAUUCUUCGUGAGCAAAAGCAGGCAGAGCUCAUGGAGCGGAAGGAACAACGUGAGAAGGAACGUUUAGAAGCUGCUCAACGCCGUGAAGAGGCCAAAGCUGCAGCUGCAGCUAAACAUUUUGGCAAAGAAGGCACUCGCGGAGGCCUCAAAGAGGCCUACAAGAAGAUCAACUGUGGGCUCAAAACACCGUAG